AUGGCUUCUUCUCAAGAACAAGAAACACAAGGAUCAUCUACAUCAGUAGACCAACCUCAAUUGUGGGACUUUGUGACUAAACUCGAUAAACUUGCUGGAGCAGGAGGAUGUUGGAAGUUGAAGUGUAACCUUUGCAGUGAAACCCGACAAGGAUCAUAUUCUAGAGUUAGAGCACAUUUGCUUGGCAUAAAAGGUACCGGGAUUUCUAUUUGCAAGAAAGCAACAACAGCUGACAAACUUAACAUGACACAAUUAGAAGAUGCAUAUGAAAAGAAGAAAACCGAGUCACAAGCGAAAGAAGUCCAGUUGCCAUGUGAAGCUGGUGUUGGAUUUAAGAAAAGAAAAGGUAUUUCAACACCUAUUGAAAGAGCUUUUGGUGUUGAAAUUAGGGACCAACUGGAUCAAGAAAUAGCUAGAAUGUUUUAUACCGGAGGUUUACCUUUUAAUCUUGCAAGAAAUCCACACUAUGUCAGGGCUUUUCAGUUUGCUGCUAACAACAAAAUUGAUGGUUAUGUACCUCCUGGUUAUAAUAAGCUAAGAACAACAUUACUACAAAAAGAAAAAGAUAAUGUUCACAAGCUAUUGGAGCCACUUAGGUCUACAUGGAAAGAAAAAGGUGUGACUAUUGUGAGUGAUGGCUGGAGUGAUCCUACAAGAAAACCUCUAAUCAACUUCAUGGGUACCUCAGGUAAUGGUCCUUUGUUUCUAAAGGCAGUGAAUUGUUUUGGGGAAGUGAAAGAUAGAUUUUUUAUUGCCGAAUUGAUGAAGGAAGUCAUCAAUGAAAUUGGUCAUGAAAAUGUUGUGCAAAUAAUUACUGACAAUACAGCAAAUUGUAAGGCGGAUGGAGAGAUUAUAGAGAGUCAGUUUCCUCACAUUUAUUGGACACCAUGUGUUGUUCAUACGCUUAAUCUUGCUUUGAAGAAUAUUUGUUCACCAAGGAAUGUGGAAACAAAUGAACUAACAUAUAAACAGUGUCGCUGGAUAAAAGAAGUUCACGAAGAGGCGUUUGCAAUAAAAAAUUUCAUCAUGAACCAUAACAUGAGGCUCUCGAUUUUCACCAAGUUUACUCCUCUUAGGCUGCUUUCUGUUGCUGACACUCGCUUUGCCUCCAUCAUUGUGAUGCUUCAGAGAUUGAAACUUAUCAAAAGGGGUCUUCAAGAUAUGGUCAUAAGCGAAGAAUGGUCUUCUUAUAGAUUAGAUGACACUGAGAAAGCAAACGCUGUGAAAGAAUAUAUUUUGAAUGAUGAUUGGUGGGAUAAAGUAACAUAUAUUCUUAGUUUCACUGGACCUAUAUAUGAGAUGAUUAGAGCUUGUGACACUGACAAGCCAUGUUUACACUUGGUCUAUGAGAUGUGGGAUUCUAUGAUUGAGAAAGUGAAGAUUGAGAUCUACAAGAAAGAAAAACGUCCGACAUCUCAAAUAAGUUGUUUUUACGACGUUGUGCAUCAUAUUUUAGUGGCUCGAUGGGCGAAGAAUAACACUCCCCUACAUUGUUUAGCUCACUCUUUACAUCCAAGAUAUUAUAGUGAUGCAUGGUUAAUGGAGGAUUCUACAAGAUGCGCUCCACAUAGGGAUGGAGAAAUUUCACAAGAAAGGAUGAAAUGUUUUCGAAGGUUGUUUCCUAAUGGUGAUGAGUAUGGCAGAGUCGAUGAGUAUGCGAUGUUUUCAAUGAAGAGUGGUCAUUUUGAAGAUUUAACAAGCAUUUCAAAGAUGGCUACUAUGGAACCCAAGAAUUGGAACAAGUUGACUACAAGUCGUGCUCAAGACUUGGUUUACAUCCACAAUAAUCUCCGACUUUUGUCAAGGACUCCGAAAGAUGAUGUAAAGAUGUGGGAUGUGGGUGGAGAUGCUUUUGAUUCAAUGGAAGACGUCGGGUUUUUGGAGUUUGCAGAUCUCUCGCUAGAUGAACCUGACUUUGAAAAUGAUUUGAUUAUUGAUAAUUAG